AUGGGAAUUCUGCUCCACUCAGACCCUGUCCUUGCCUCUCAGCAGGGCUGUGACCCCUUUGCCCAGACCCAGCGCAGCAAACUGCAGCACCGCCGGGCCCGCAUCAACCAGCAGAUCAACAAGGAAAUGAGGAUGAGAGCAGGAGCAGAAAACCUCUUCAGGGCCACCAGCAACCACAAGGUGAAGGAAACGGUGGCUCUGGAGCUGAGCUACGUCAACUCCAACCUCCAGCUCCUCAAGGAAGAGCUGGAAGAGCUCAACAGCAGCAUGGAUGUGUAUCAGAAUGACAGUGAAUCCAUCAGCGUUCCCAUGAUCCCUCUGGGACUCAAGGAGACCAAGGAGCUGGAUUUGCUGGUACCACUCAAGGAUUUCAUCAGUGAACACUAUGGAGAGGAGGGUGUCCUGUUUGAAAAGGAAAUCAAGGAAUUCAUGGAGCUGCGACAGGCCAUGCGCACCCCGAGCCGCAACGAGGCCGGACUGGAGCUGCUGAUGGAAUAUUACAACCAGCUCUACUUCCUUGACAGCCGCUUCUUCCCUCCCACCAGAACCUUGGGUGUCUUCUUCCACUGGUAUGACUCCCUGACAGGGGUCCCAUCCCACCAGAGGGCUCUGGCCUUCGAGAAGGGAAGUGUCCUCUUCAACCUGGGAGCGCUGCACACCCAGAUCGGAGCGCGGCAGGACCGCGCCUCCCUGGCCGGCCUCACCCAGGCCAUCGAUGCCUUCCAGAAGGCAGCUGGUGCCUUUAACUACUUGAAGGAAAACUUCUCCAACGCUCCCAGCCUGGACAUGAGCGCGGCCUCCCUGACCAUGCUGGUGAGGCUGAUGGUGGCCCAGGUCCAGGAGUGUGUCUUUGAGAAGAUGACCUUGCUACGUGCCCAGAACGACUUCCUGGCCCGCCUGCAGCUGGCUCAGGAGGCAGCAAGGGUGGAAGAUGUUUAUUCCCUGGUGCACCAGACCAUGAGCCAGCCCCAUGUCAAGGAUUAUGUUCCCUUCUCCUGGACCACCAUGGUCCAAGUCAAGUCAGAGCAUUUCAAAGCCCUCUCCCAUUAUUUCGCUGCCAUCGCCCUCUGCGACUGCCCAGCUCCCUCAGAUGCUGAGCUGCUGGAGCAGGAGAAGGCUUUCCUGCAGUUCCAUGUCACCAUGCCAGAGGGGCCAUCACUUCGUGUCCUGCUGCAGGAUCCCGAGGAGAGGAGGAAGCUGGGCAAAGCUCACCUCAGAAAAGCCAUCAUGAAGCACGAGGAGGCCAUGAGGAUCCACGGCUUGUGCAAGAUCCUGAGGAAGAUGGAUAUCCUGCAGGAGGUCCUGUCCUUCGCCCACAAGCGCUCCCUGAGCAAAUAUUCCGAGAUCGACCACGAGGAGGAUUUCUUUGAGACGGGGGAGGCUCCGGACAUCCAUCCCAAAACGCACCAGAAACCCGAAAUCAAAUCUCCCAACUUCUCCCAGGUGAAGGUGACUGACCUCUUCCACAGGCUGGGCCCCCUUUCCGUGUUCUCAGCCAAGAACAAGUGGUACCCAGCUCGGAGAGUCCACCUGAUGAGAGGAGAGAACGGCUUUGGGUUCACCCUGCGAGGAGACUCCCCCGUCCUCAUUGCCGGGGUCAUCCCAGGGGGCUGUGCUGCUGAAGCUGGGCUGAAGGAGGGUGACUACAUCAUCUCAGUGAAUGGCAAGGACUGCAAGUGGUCCAAGCACGCCGAGGUUGUCCAGCUGCUGAAGAGCACCGGGAAGGAGGGGGUGGACAUUGGAGUCAUCACCCUGCAGGGCUCAGAAUGUCCCAAAGCUGUGGACAGGAAGGCAGCAGCGAUGUCCUCGGGAUCUGGCGUGCUGAAGAGCAACAAGGAGAACAGCAGGAAGAGCCUGAUGAACAGCAAGAGCGCCAGCACGCUGCUGGUGUGGAGCAAGAAGAGCAAGAGGAGCAAGAAGAGCACCUACAGCGGUGUCCCCUUCAGCAGCGUGGGGGACAACGAGGCCAUGUACUGAGCCUGCUCCCUGCAGCUCCAGGAGCGGCUGCCUGGGCUGGGAGGGCUCCCAGAGCCGGGAACGCGCCGCCCGUCGGAUCCGCCCCCAGAGGUGAGCGAGGCGCCUCCCCUCCCGUCCCCUCACUCCGGGGGAAACUCGGCGCUUAGGCUUCACUUUGGGAUUUUAUUUUUUGUUUUGUUUUGUUUUUUUUUGUUACCGAGGGGAGCUGUGCUAAAGCAGGGCCCGGGUUUGUGUGUUCUGCUUGGCCAAAGCCAGCCCCAGCCAUUAAAGCAAAAAGUGUCACCUUCUGUAGCAUCUCCUGGGCUUUCUCUGCAAGGUACGAGAUGGAGCUGCUGGAGGAGCUGAGUCUUUCAGAUUAAUCCUUCCAGACUCCCCUUUUUUGGGAGAGGGGGCAGACAGCACAGGCACUGAUGACUUGUGGUGAUUCCAUCACAGGCAGCAUCUCCCACUUGGGGCUAUCCCAAUAAAAUAGGCUGGUUUGACCAUUUUUAGUAUUUUUGGGGUGGUGUUUUUGGGGAGUGAACCCCCAUCUUGGCUCAGAAAAUCCAGCCCAGCUGCCCAGCCGGAUUCUUUGGAAGAAAAGGGAAGGACUUAACGUGCAGUUGUUGUCUGGCUUUUUUAAUCAGGAGACGUGGAUUGCCCUAAAUAUUCUGUGAGGAGAUUAAUAGCUAAGAGCCUUGGGGGGGUUUAUUUUUCCUGGGAGGAGAUUAAAAUUCCAGGAAGAUAUCUCCUCCAGAUUAUUAAACUCUUAAAUUUGUGCUACUGUUGGAUCUCGCACGUGUUGCUAAUUCCCUAACUCUGCUGUCAGCAUUCCUGGGCUGGCCUGAUGCAUCCAGGCAUCUUGGUAAUUGUCCUGGAAAUGCUGGGAGACUCCAGAUCCACAAAAGAAAUUGGGAAAAUUUCCCCCAUCCUGUUUUUGCCUGGUGCAUUAUUUUUUCUGAAGGCUGAGGAGCUCUGUGUUCUUCAGUGCUUGGAUGAUCUUGGGAGGUAGAAAAUUCCCUUGGGAGAGAUGGGGUUGUAUUUUUGUACUUUUUAAGGUAUUUUUAGGGGUGGUUUGGAGGAGCAAUGGGAUCUUGCAGCCACAGUGUCCCCUGUGACUUCUCUAGUGGCUCCUUGAUUUUUUUCCAAGCUUUUAACCCUGAUUUUAUUUAAGAAAAACUUCCAGGUUAGACAGGGUUGGAGCAACCUGGGACACAUGGGCUGUCCCAUGGCAGGGGGUGGAACAGAGGGACUUUUUAAGCCCAUCCUGGGAUUUCAUGAGCUCAAGGAGGGGUUUUUAGCUCUGCUGUUGGCCAGGAGUCCUCUCCAUUGCCUGAGGCAUCACCACAGCAGAUUCAGGAUCUGCCUUCCAGCCCGGAGCCAUCUGUAGCAGCCAGGCUUCCCACGUCACCUUCCUGGCUGCUUGGGUGGGAGAGGGAAGGAAAGGAGGGGGUGGGGUCACAGAAAAGGCCACCUUGCCCUUAAAACAUCCUCAAAAUGUGGGAUGCCACCACAGACAUCUCCAAGCUGGAGAAGAUUUAAUUAGGAGAAAUGUUCUGCCCACAUCACCCAACCCCAGCGUCGUGUUUUGUGGGAUUGGGAUGAUUUCCCUAACUCCAGGGUUUUAUGGUGGGCUUGUUUUGGUUUGUCUGUUUGUUUUUUUGUUUUUUUUUUAAUUUGUACAUGGAUUCUCACCUUUUAUGGAUU